AAAUAUUCACCAUUAGCCGCAGAAGAGCGGAAGAAGUUUAGCAAAAAUUCAGAAAAAACACAAAAAGUUGAUUGUUUUAUAACAUUUGCCAGUGAAAACAAUAGUAUUUUUCUUCAAUCACACAAAAUGACGCCGGAUCUCACUCUGGACUUUGAGAAUUCUGCCCAGCAGCACUAUUCGGCCCACAAUCCGAUCGAGCAGUAUGUACUGCUGUCGAAGAGUGCCAAGGGAGCCGCCUGUCUGGAGCUCAUUAAGCAGGUGCUCGAGGCGCCGGGAGUGUAUGUGUUUGGGGAGCUGCUGGCCAUGCCCAACAUCGCUGAGCUUCAGAACGGUCCGAAUGCCAGUUACUACAAUACGCUGAACCUGUUCGCCUAUGGAACCUACCGGCAGUAUCUGGAGAAUCAGGCACAGCUUAUCCAGCUCACUCCGGUGAUGCGUAAGAAGCUACAACAUCUGACUAUCGUUUCGCUGGCUAUCAAGACAAAGUGCAUUCCCUACAAAGAACUGCUAGAGGAAUUGGAUAUCAAACAUGUCCGCGAUCUAGAAGAUAUGAUCAUUGAGGCCAUCUACGGCGACAUCAUCCACGGAAAAUUGGACCAGAAGAAACAGCAGCUGGAAGUGGACUAUGCCAUUGGGCGGGACAUUCGGCAGGGAAAUGUGAGCGAGUUGGCAAGCUUCCUGGAGGAAUGGUGCGAUUCGUGCGAAACCAUUCUGGCCUGUCUGGAGAAUCAGAUCCACCGGGCCAACUCGGAGAAGCAGAAGCGACUUAAGCACAAGGAAGCCAUCGACAUGGAGAUCACCAAUCUGAAGAAGCUGAUCAAGGUACAGGCGGGCAACGAUUCGGACGAAGCCAUGGCCACCGAUUCGGGUCGUGAGCUGUCGCUGGGCCACCAGGACCCACGCAAGAAGUCGACGAAAUCGAAAAGCCUAAAAGUUAGCGGUGCGGCCAAAAUGCUCUCGAGACAGAUGCCCUAGAGAGAAGAUCGUUUGUGUGUUGAACCCCCUCCUUCGUUUAAAAACCGGCCGAAAUUCGAAACUUUCUUUUGUUCUGAUUCUCAUUUCUGUUUGUUUAUUUUCAAAUCAACUUACCGUGAAAUAAAACUUUAUUAACUGCCA